UCCGGCAGUAGGAGCGCGAGCCCAGCCUGCCCCAGCAGGCAGCCCGGCGCCCCGAGAGACCAUGCAGAAGUCGCCUCUGGAGAAGGCCGGCGUCCUCUCCAAACUUUUUUUCAGCUGGACUAGACCGAUUUUGAGAAAAGGGUACAGACAACGCCUGGAAUUGUCCGACAUCUACCAAAUCCCUUCUGCUGAUUCUGCAGACAACCUGUCUGAGAAGCUGGAGAGAGAAUGGGAUAGAGAGCUGGCUUCAAAGAAAAAACCCAAACUCAUUAAUGCCCUUCGGAGGUGCUUUUUCUGGAGAUUUAUGUUCUAUGGAAUCUUAUUAUAUUUAGGGGAAGUCACCAAAGCCGUACAGCCUCUCCUACUGGGGCGAAUCAUAGCUUCCUAUGAUCCCGAUAACAAGGUGGAGCGCUCCAUUGCCAUUUACCUGGGCAUAGGCCUGUGCUUACUCUUUGUUGUGAGGACCCUACUCCUACACCCAGCAAUUUUUGGUCUUCAUCAUAUUGGAAUGCAGAUGAGAAUAGCCAUGUUUAGUUUGAUUUAUAAGAAGACUUUAAAGCUGUCAAGCCGUGUUCUAGAUAAAAUAAGUAUUGGGCAACUUAUUAGUCUCCUUUCCAACAACCUGAACAAAUUUGAUGAAGGGCUCGCGCUGGCCCAUUUCGUGUGGAUUGCACCUCUGCAAGUGACUCUGCUGAUGGGGCUGCUCUGGGAGCUACUACAGGCCUCUGCCUUCUGCGGCCUUGCUUUCCUAAUAGUCCUUGCCCUUGUUCAAGCCGGGCUAGGGAGGAUGAUGAUGAAGUACAGGGAUCAAAGAGCUGGAAAGAUCAAUGAGAGACUAGUGAUCACUUCAGAAAUGAUUGAAAACAUCCAAUCUGUUAAAGCAUACUGCUGGGAGGAAGCAAUGGAAAAAAUGAUUGAAAACCUAAGACAAACAGAACUGAAGCUGACCCGGAAAGCAGCCUACGUGAGAUACUUCAACAGCUCAGCCUUCUUCUUCUCAGGGUUCUUUGUGGUGUUUUUAUCUGUGCUUCCUUACGCACUUACCAAAGGGAUCAUCCUGCGCAAAAUAUUCACCACCAUCUCAUUCUGCAUCGUCCUGCGCAUGGCGGUUACUCGGCAGUUCCCCUGGGCUGUGCAGACAUGGUAUGACUCUCUUGGAGCAAUAAACAAAAUCCAGGAUUUCUUACAAAAGCAAGAAUAUAAAACACUGGAAUACAACUUAACAACUACAGAGGUCGUGAUGGAUAACGUAACAGCCUUCUGGGAAGAGGGAUUUGGAGAAUUAUUUGAGAAAGCAAAGCAAAACAAUAAUGAUAGAAAAAUCUCCAAUGGUGAUAACAACCUCUUCUUCAGUAACUUCUCACUUCUUGGUGCUCCUGUCUUGAAAGAUAUCAGCUUCAAGAUAGAAAGAGGGCAGCUGUUGGCGGUGGCUGGAUCUACUGGUGCUGGAAAGACUUCGCUUCUGAUGAUGAUUAUGGGAGAGCUGGAGCCUUCAGAGGGUAAAAUUAAGCACAGCGGAAGAAUAUCAUUCUGCUCUCAGUUUUCCUGGAUCAUGCCUGGCACCAUUAAAGAGAACAUCAUCUUCGGUGUUUCCUACGAUGAGUAUAGAUAUAAGAGUGUCAUCAAAGCUUGCCAACUAGAAGAGGAUAUCUCCAAGUUUACAGAGAAAGACAAUACCGUUCUUGGAGAAGGUGGAAUUACUCUGAGUGGAGGUCAACGAGCAAGAAUUUCUUUAGCAAGAGCAGUAUACAAAGAUGCUGAUUUGUACCUAUUGGACUCUCCUUUUGGAUAUCUAGAUGUCUUAACAGAAAAAGAAAUAUUUGAGAGCUGUGUCUGUAAAUUGAUGGCCAACAAAACUAGGAUUUUGGUCACUUCUAAAAUGGAACAUUUAAAGAAAGCUGACAAAAUAUUAAUUUUACAUGAAGGCAGCAGCUAUUUUUAUGGUACUUUUUCUGAACUCCAAAGUCUACGGCCGGACUUUAGCUCAAAGCUCAUGGGAUAUGAUUCUUUUGACCAGUUUAGUGCAGAAAGAAGAAAUUCAAUCCUAACUGAGACCUUACGGCGUUUCUCAUUAGAAGGAGAUGCUAGUAUCUCCUGGAAUGAUACCAGAAAACAAUCUUUUAAACAGAAUGGAGAGUUGGGGGAAAAACGGAAGAACUCUAUUCUCAAUCCAAUCAACUCUAUGAGAAAAUUUUCUAUUGUACCAAAAACUCCUUUACAAAUGAAUGGCAUUGAAGAAGAUUCGGAUGCAUCCAUAGAGCGGAGGCUAUCCUUGGUUCCAGAUUCAGAACAGGGAGAGGCGAUUCUACCUCGAAGCAACAUGAUCAACACUGGCCCCAUGCUGCAGGGCUGCAGGAGGCAGUCGGUUCUGAACCUGAUGACACACUCGGUCAGCCAAGGUCCCAGCAUUUACAGAAGGACAACCACAUCUGCACGAAAAAUGUCUCUGGCCCCUCAGACAAACUUGACUGAAAUGGACAUAUAUUCAAGACGGUUAUCUCAAGAAAGUGGCUUGGAAAUUAGUGAAGAGAUUAAUGAAGAAGACUUAAAGGAAUGCUUUAUUGAUGAUGUGGACAGCAUACCAACAGUGACCACAUGGAAUACAUACCUUCGGUAUAUUACUGUCCACAGGAGCUUGAUUUUUGUGCUAAUUUGGUGCAUAGUUAUUUUUCUAGCUGAGGUGGCUGCCUCCUUGGUUGUGUUGUGGCUAUUUGGAAACACUGCUCCUCAAGACAAAGAGAAUAGUACAAAAAGUGGGAACAGCAGCUAUGCCGUGAUUAUCACCAGCACCAGCUCUUACUACUUUUUUUACAUUUAUGUGGGAGUAGCUGACACCUUGCUUGCACUGGGAUUAUUCAGAGGUUUGCCACUGGUGCAUACUCUAAUCACAGUGUCGAAAAUUUUACACCACAAAAUGUUACAUUCUGUUCUUCAGGCGCCCAUGUCAACACUCAACACGUUGAAAGCAGGUGGGAUUCUUAAUAGAUUCUCCAAGGAUAUAGCCGUUCUGGAUGAUCUGCUGCCUCUUACCAUAUUUGACUUCAUCCAGUUAUUGUUAAUUGUGAUUGGAGCCAUAGCAGUGGUUUCGGUUUUAAAACCUUACAUCUUCCUAGCAACAGUUCCGGUGAUAGCAGCCUUUAUUUUAUUGAGAGCAUACUUCCUCCAUACCUCACAGCAACUCAAGCAACUGGAAUCUGAAGGUAGGAGUCCAAUUUUUACUCAUCUUGUUACAAGCUUGAAAGGAUUAUGGACACUUCGUGCCUUUGGACGGCAGCCUUACUUUGAAACUCUGUUCCACAAAGCUCUGAAUUUACACACUGCCAACUGGUUCUUGUAUCUGUCAACACUACGCUGGUUCCAAAUGAGGAUAGAAAUGAUUUUUGUCCUCUUCUUCAUUGCCGUAACCUUCAUUUCCAUUUUAACAACAGGUGAAGGAGAAGGAAGAGUUGGUAUUGUUCUAACUUUAGCCAUGAAUAUCAUGAGUACGUUGCAGUGGGCUGUGAACUCCAGCAUAGAUGUAGAUAGCUUGAUGCGAUCUGUGAGUCGAGUCUUUAAGUUUAUUGACAUGCCAACAGAAGAAACUAAGCCUACCAAAUCCAUCAAACCAUCCAGUAACUGCCAGCUAUCAAAAGUUAUGAUUAUUGAGAAUCAACAUGUGAAGAAAGAUGACGUCUGGCCCUCAGGAGGCCAAAUGACUGUCAAAGAUCUCACAGCAAAAUAUAUAGACAGCGGAAAUGCCAUCCUGGAGAACAUUUCCUUCUCAAUAAGUCCUGGCCAGAGGGUGGGCCUCUUGGGAAGGACUGGCUCAGGGAAGAGUACUUUGUUAUCAGCAUUUUUGAGACUACUGAACACUGAAGGGGAAAUCCAGAUUGAUGGUGUGUCUUGGGAUUCAAUCACUUUGCAGCAGUGGAGAAAAGCCUUUGGAGUGGUCCCACAGAAAGUAUUUAUCUUUUCUGGAACAUUUAGAAAAAACUUGGAUCCCUAUGAACAAUGGAGUGAUCAAGAAAUAUGGAAAGUUGCAGAUGAGGUUGGACUCAGAUCUGUAAUAGAACAAUUUCCUGGGAAGCUUGAUUUUGUCCUUGUGGAUGGGGGCUAUGUCCUCAGCCAUGGCCAUAAGCAGUUGAUGUGCUUGGCCAGAUCUGUUCUCAGUAAGGCAAAGAUCUUGCUGCUUGAUGAACCCAGUGCUCAUCUGGAUCCUAUAACAUACCAAAUAAUUCGGAGAACUCUGAAACAAGCAUUUGCUGAUUGCACAGUAAUCCUCUGUGAACACAGGAUAGAGGCAAUGUUGGAAUGCCAACGAUUUCUGGUCAUAGAAGAGAACACAGUGCGGCAGUAUGAAUCCAUCCAGAAAUUGCUGAGUGAGAAGAGCCUCUUCCGGCAGGCCAUCAGCUCCUCCGACAGGGCAAAGCUCUUCCCCCACAGGAACUCAAGCAAGCACAAGUCUCGACCCCAGAUCACUGCUCUGAAGGAGGAGGCAGAAGAAGAAGUACAAGAAACAAGGCUCUAGAGAGCCAGUGCAAAUGUUUGCAUGGGACAUUCCCUCAUAGAGUUGGGGGAGAAACAGUUGCCUCUGCCUCAGAAAACAAGGAGAAAUAAUGUUUUUUUUUUUUUUUUUUAGCAAACAUUUUGGAACAAAGAGUUGAGGACAUUCUUAUGAUCUAUAUAGAUGGCUUCCUGGCCAUGGUCAAAUCAUGUGAAGGGUACUUCAAAUCCUUGAAGAUUAACCCCUGGGGUUUUUCUUUGCCCUUUGGUAGUAGUUGGGAAGGCAGCUAUAAAAUUCAGCCAGGUUAGAUGUUUAGCUUACUGUUUAGUGAAACUUGUUCAUUUGUCUUAUUGAAGAACUGAAAUCAUGCUUCUUAGAGGAAUGAUUAAGUAAUGGUAACUGGAAACUUUAGUAGUUCAUAUAAAUUUAUAUCCCCCUUUCUCUCCUCUCUUCAAGAUAUUUAGAAACACAACUACAGUCAUGCACUGAAUGGUGAUGUUUCUGUCAACAAUGGACUAUAUCUACAAUGUAUAUGUAUAACACAUAGCCUGGGUUUGCAGUAAUAAUCUAGGAUGUUCAUACAACAGCAAAAUUAUCUAAUGACUCAUUGCUCAAAAUAUGUCCCUGUCUUUAGGUGGCACAUGACAAUUCAUUGUCUGCCAAGCAUUCUGGCUCUCAUUUCUGAGGAAGUGUUAGAAUACUGUAAGAGUCAAAAAGCAUCACAUCAAUAAAAGCCCCGUUCCAUUUAGCCUGGAAGUUAAGAUGCAGGUGAAGAUGCCUGCAUCUCAUAUUGGACUUCAGUACUCAGCUCUGGUUCCCGAGUUUAGUUUCCUGUUAAUGCAAACCCUGGGAGACAGAGGUGAUGGCUCAAGUGAUUGUGUUCCUGCCACCCACAAGGGAGACCUGGAUUGAGUUACAGGUUUCCAGUUUCAGCCCAGUCUAGUCUCAGCCACUGCAGGCAUUUGGAGGAGUGUAUAAGUGUCCCAUUCAACAUGUGGUGGUCAGGAAAGAGAACUUCCAAUUGUGCAGAUUAGGGUUAGUACCAUCCAGCUUUACCAAAAAUCUAGCCAAGUCAGAUAAUUAGAAUGCACAGAGCAGCUCUGUUGAUGCUGAAAUUGACAGGACUUUCCCUGACCUCCAGGAUAUAACAAGCUCAUAAGGCAUAUGGACCGGAAGAUGGCUGGAGACGUGUGUUGUGCAAACUGUCACAGGGAAGCCCUUCUUACCUGAGAAGCUCUCAGUAGAAAAUGCAUGGGUAGAUAGGCCAUGGGUGCUAUAGUGGACACACAGGAAAUAUGAGCAUCUAGAUCUAAAUGGUGAUGGUGGUGUGUCUUCAGGCUAACUAUACGUGCUUCAUACUGUCUGCUCUGAAGGAGAGAGGGAAUGGGAGACACCUCAAAGAAGAGCCAAUCAUGAAUUAGUUUUAUAUGCUUUUUUUAUAAUUUUGUGAUGCAAAUAAAAUUUUCUCUAGAAAAUAUUUAUUUUGAUAAUGUUUCAAACUCUUACAUAACAAUGCUGUGUUUUAAGAAUGAUCAUAUUAUGAAUUAUAUUUGUAUGAAAGAAUUUUAUAUUUGCAAUGUUGACUUUUUAAUGCCUUUAGAUAUUUUUAUGAUAUAUUAUGUCAAGAUUGGGUGAGAAGAACCUAGGGUAAUAUGGCCCAGGCCAUGACUCACUUUUACAGUGUCAAGAGAAACAUCAGGGCUGAUGAUGUUGCACACACCUACGUGGCUCUUGCCCAGAACUCAGGUUGUCUCUUAGAUGUAGUUCUGAAGAAGACGGUACCAUAAGUCCGACUGCUCCUACCAAGGACACACUGCCAUUCCUACUUCAAGCUAACCCUGAAGAAGAUUGCAUUGUAUUUAUUACUGUAAGAAAAUAACACCUGUCAAUA